AUGGAUCAUUUCCAUGGCAUGUCUGAAUCUGAUCACAGCAAUACACUUAUCACUCAAUCUGAGUCUGAAUUCAAUGCUCAGCCAAACUCUAGUGAUGUUGAUAUGUUUUGUGAUGAAUCUGCAACUUUCUCUGCAGAUGCUGCCCAGAAGCAACUUCUGACCAAUUAUCUGAUCAAUAACAUUUCAGAUAUACUCAACAUCUCUGAUCAUGAGUCUGCUUCUAUUUACUCUGGUGCAGAUAAUCAAAACAGAUGUGGCAUAGAACAGGCUGAUGCUUCUAAAAGAUUCACUAUCACAGAGCAAGCUGAUAAGUUGUCUGCUCAGUGGUGA